UAUGCAAUCAUUUGAAUUGUGCUAUCUUCAGAGUUGAUUUAUCGAGUGGAAGCGUGUCAAGACAUCUGGAGUUUAUUACUAUUAAAAACACAGCUUGUAAAGACCUGCCUUUCAAGCACUUUCUUUCGAAUACAGUUCCAGAAUUUGCAUAACAAACAACCAGUUGCUUCUGGAACUCCACCUGGCUCCAUUUUAGAAGACUGACAUUAGACGGGAAGGGAGUUCUCUCAGUUUUAAUAUAUAACACAAAGGACAUAAGACAGAAAGGCAUCCAAGGUGAGGUAUACAUCAUGCUUUUGUCUUUGGUAACUAUACUUCUUUUGCUUGGAGUGGAACAAGCUCAAAGAACAACUCCUGAUUUUAUCAUGGAAUAUUUUCAGAGACAACUUCAGCAGAUGGAGGGGCGGCUGAUCAAAUGUGAGCAAGAUUUCCAGCACUUCAGUCAAAGAAUGUACGACAUGUCCAAAGAGAUACACGACCAAACAGGCAAGAUGAACAUAUUGAGAUCAGAGGUCAAAAGUAACGUUGACACCUUCGCUUUGCGCUUGGACCGAGUGGAGAGAGAUGUGGAAUACCUGCAGAAUAAGAUCCCUGACACCGCUCAGGUCGACAUUGAGGACUCGCUGCUCGAGCGUCAGGUCAAAGAAGAAAAACUCAAAAGGACAUCUGUUAUCCCUAAGGACAAAGACUGCAGUUCGGAGCUUGUAGGUAUCAAAUCCCUUAAAAUUGUCAAAAAGGCAGGCGAUGUCAAUGGAGCCUGGAUGAAAGAUCCAACAAAGGGUUCUGCGAAGAUUUACUUUUUUAGUGGUGAUCGAAAUGGUACAAUAUUGGCAUAUAACUCUCUGAAGGCUUUUACAGAUGCAAACUCCACCAAAAAGAUGGAAGUUAUCAGUCUUCCUUUGCCCUGGCACGGAACUGGUCAUGUGGUCUACAAUGGUUUUGUGUACUACCACAAUGCAGACACAAACAAUGAGAUCCUGAAGGUCCACCUCAACAACCGUACGGUAGUUGAUCGAGUUCUCCUUCAUGGAGCUGGUCGAAUGCCGGUUUAUUCUCUCAGCCCACACACUCUGCUAGACCUCGCUGUAGAUGAAAUGGGGCUCUGGUCAAUCCACGCAGAUCCAGACUACAGUGGGAACUUGGUGAUCACCAAACUGGACCACAAUAGUCUGGCCGUAGAGCACACUUGGGAUACCAAUUGCAAUAGUCGUGAUGCAGAAGCAGCUUUCAUAAUCUGUGGCACCUUAUAUGUGGUCUACAACUCCCAUUAUGGCGGAAGGUCCAGUAUCCAAUGCUUGUUUGAUAUCCAUGAUACCAUCUACAUCGAAAGCAUCCCUGUGCGUUUCUUUCCAAAACGUUACACCAGCCACUCUGCUUUGCGUUUCCACCCCAAGGAUAAGCAACUGUAUGCUUGGGAUGAUGGUUAUCAGGCCAUCUAUAAGUUAGACAUCAAGAAAAUAUGAUGUGGGUUAGGUUAAACUGAGGUCCUUUUUUAACCAGCAGUGCUUUAUUUUUUUUCCCAGUACCAUCCAAUCUGCUUGUAAUUUAAUGGAAGCCAUUUUACAGUGCACUUUGUUGUUGUGCCAGACUGUAAUUUCCUGAAAAACAAAGGACUCCUUGACUUCCUCGGUUCUGUCAUAGAGCCACACAUAUCAUGUAUGCAGUCUUUCUAUGAUUAGAGACAGUUAAAUAUGUUUAUCCAAAAGCAAAUAAAUAGCAUACAAAAGCAAAA